CUCUUGCUUCCCUGAAUCAUUAUAGAUCCAAAACUCUCUCCAUCUCUAGGAUUCCUCUUCAGUCUCCUUUACCUCUUUCUCUCUUUAAUCUUUAUUUUUUUUUUCCCGGAAAAAAUCUCUACUUUUCUUUUGCUUUUCUCGUCCACUGUUAUUUUUCCCGGAAAAUUUGUCUACUUUACCUUACCGAUUCUUUUUUUUUUUUUUUUUUUCUAUCACCCUCUUCAGUUGGUCAACCAUUUUCUACUUUGCAAAAUACCCAUUCCUAUCUUCUUGAUUCCAAAGAAUCCCACGUACCGAUUUCUUUCUUUUCUUGCUCCGGUAGGUGACAAUGGCGUCAAAAGAAGUGUCAACAAUGAUAAAGCAAGGCUUUAUUGCAGACCCCACAUUUUCCUUUUCGUCAAGAACAACUCCCUCGCCAAUAUCAUACUCCAGGGUUUGCUCUCCAUCUUCAUCUCCCCCUUUUCCUUCUUCUGUCUCUCCUGCUUCUCCUUCUUCAUCGUCCAUUGAGAUAGCACAGACCCCCACCCGCCCCACUCACUCUCACCCUACCCUCUUGGAGAUGAUGUCUGAGGAGCAGCAUCGUGAGUCAAGAUCGCUCGAAGAAGCUCGCAAGAAACCCCAAGCCCGAAUCGCCAGGAUCCUGUCCGAGUUCAAGCAAAUGUGUUGUGCCACCAAUAUGGGAGUGGGAUCAGGUGAUGUGAGACUCACGGUAGUCGGAAGAGAUGGACAUAAAGUAAUCAUUGAUGUGCACAGAACUGUAUUAGUGGAGAAGAGUAGGUAUUUUGCACAGAAGUUGUGUCAGAGAAAGGAGAGAGGAGUUUCUCAUACUAUUGAGAUAAGUGAAUGUGAUGAUGUUGGGGAUUAUGUGGAGACUGUGGUUUUGAUGUAUUGUGAUGAUUUGAAGAAGAGGUUGAUUGGUGAGGAUGUUAAAAAGGUCUUGGCUUUGCUCAAGGUCUGUGCCUCCUUAAUAUUUGAUGAGGGGAUAACAUCUUGCUUGGAGUACUUGGAAGCUGUUCCAUGGUCCGAUGAGGAAGAGGAGGAAGUAAUUGGAGUUCUUGCAAAACACGAGUUUCAUGAUUCAAUGGCUGGCAUUCUCCAGAGAGUAGCAUGUGAACCUUCUACUUCUGCAAGAGUGGAUGAUAUCUUUGGGAGACUUUUGACUGGCGUUCUGCAAGCUAAAGAUGAUAAAGCUCGAAGAGAAAUGAAAAAUUUAAUUUCCCGGUUAUUUAGGGAAGAUGCAUCCGAUAACGAGGAUGGACAUCAUGUCUCCAAAGAUACCCUUUAUAGCCUCUGCCACAGAUGUCUGUCUUCACUUGUCCUUUGCUUAUCUGAAGCUAUGUGCAUAGACGAAUCCAAAAAAGAUCGAGUGGCUUUAAUGAGUGAAAUAGCUCGAGAAGCUGAUAAUUUGCAAUGGAUGGUUGAUAUUUUGAUCAACAAGAAAAUGGGGGAUGAGUUUGUGAAACUGUGGGCAGACCAGAAGGAGCUGGCAACUCUCCAUUCAAAAGUUCCCACUAUGUUCCGACACGAAAUCAGUAAGAUCACAGCAGUGCUUUGCAUUGCAAUCGGAAGGGGACAUGUCUUGGUGCCAAAAGAUGCGCGAUUUGAACUGCUAUCAACUUGGUUGGAAGCACUUUACGAGGAUUUUGGAUGGAUGAGAAGGGCAUCGAGGUCUGUAGACAAGAAAUUGGUUGAGGAAGGGCUGAGCCAAACGAUACUUACCCUGUCGUUGAGACAACAACAAAGUAUUUUGCUUAAUUGGUUUGAUCGGUUUCUCAAUAAAGGGGACGACUGUCCGAAUAUCCAGAGAGCAUUUGAGAUCUGGUGGAGAAGAGCUUUUAUCAGACAAUCGGUCGUUGAGCAGGAUAAUCUCAGUUGCAAAUAACAGUUUGUGGCAUCCAGAGUAGAAUAAGGGCUGAAAUGGACAUAUUGGUCAUUUAUGGUAUCACCACCAAGACUCAUAGCAACCAUGAUAUUAGAAUGCUGGGUUUUGAUGAAGGAAACUUGGGAAGGGGAGAGGUUUUCCAUAUCCCAAUAUACAUGGAAGUCUCCAUUGGUGGGAGAAGCUGGGAAGGAUGUGUCACUAUAGUCAGUGGCAAAGGAUAGGAUGAAGUGAACUUCAACACUGGACUUGAUGGGUACAUCUGAGAAUAUAACACCCUUAUCUUCAGCUCCUAUGUAUUCUCUGAAGAGCUUGGAGUUCUCUGAUUUUACUUGGAAUGAUAAUAAUGCAAUGAACAAGGCUUGAAGAAGGAGAGAAACAAGGAACUUACGAAAUACAUUGCUGUUGCAAGCUGGAGUGGAAUCCUUGUUUAUGAGACUGGUAUUUAUUGGAUUCAGGAAUAUUUAGAUCGUUCUCUACCAACAAGAUAUUUGUUUCCAUGCAACGGCCUUAAUAUACUUGAAGUAUAUUC